AUGUCCUCCCAACGCAUGCGCAUCCGCGACCUCAUCCCACACCUCGACCUCGGACACUUCAAACCCGGGCCCCUCAACUCCCUCACAGACGUCCCGGGCGUCAAAGUCCACACGCAAGAAUCUCACAACGAAAAGGGCACCAUCAACACCGGCGUGACAUGCAUCACGCCCCGCGACGACUGGUACCACAAAGCCUGCUACGCCAGCGUCUUCGGCUUCAACGGCUGUGGCGAACUAACCGGAAGCCAUUGGAUCAACGAAUCGGGAAUGCUGCAUUCCCCCAUCUGUAUUACGGGAUCGUUCAAUAUCGGGGCGGCGUAUCAGGGCAUUCAGCAGUACACCAUCAAGAGUGUGGGCGAGGCGGGUCCGGCGAGUCAUUAUGAUGUUUUGCCUGUGGUUGCGGAGACGUAUGAUGGGUAUUUGAAUGAUGUGACGCAGUUUCCGAUCAAGACGGAGGAUGUUGUGAGGGGGUUGGAGAGUGUUUCGACGGAGAGGGUGAGGGAGGGGAAUGUUGGUGGCGGGACGGGGAUGAUGUGCCAUCACUUCAAGGGUGGGACGGGGAGCAGCAGUCGGCUUGUCGAGAGUGUGGAUGCAACGGGACAGCCGAAGACGUAUACCAUCGCAGCGCUUGUGCAGGCAAACUACGGCCGGAAACAGCAUCUUCGAAUCGGCGGCGUCCCUGUGGGCAAGCAUUUGAUCAGCGCCGCGGCGGACGAAGUAGCAAGAGAUGAAGCCAGGAAAGACGGCAGCAUCAUCGUCGUUAUCGCCACAGACGCUCCGUUGCAUCCAACCCAACUCCAACGCAUCGCCAAACGAGCCACAGUCGGCCUGGCCAGGGUCGGCGGUCACGGGUUCAAUUCCUCGGGAGACAUCUUCCUCGCCUUCUCAACGGCCAACGAAGUCCCACUCCGACCAGAAGAUGGUUCAUCGCAACAAGCGCGAGUGUAUACUCCCGAGGCGUUGAGCGACUUCUCGAUCGAUGGUCUGUUUGAAGCUGCGUCAGACGCCACGGAGGAAUCGAUAUACAAUGCACUAUGCAUGGCGGAGACGACGGUCGGUUUCGAGGAGCACAGAGUGGAAGCGCUACCCUUGGAAAAAGUAAAAGCGAUUCUCGAGAAGCAUUUGUAG